CAAAUCCCAGUUCCUGAUAUACACUUUUCUGUGAGACCAAACACAAAGCUAAAAAAAAUGCUGCAACUUAAGCUUCUUGCCCUAACUUUGAUAUGGUGGAGCUGUAUUAACUUGGAUUAUGCAGCUGCAGCCACACGUGACACACGUCUAAUUAAUUCUGGGUGUAGCCCAUUCAAUGCUUCCAACACGCGUAGCUUCUUUGCAAAUGUCAAUGAUUCGAUCUCAGAGCUGAGAGGAGAAAUCAGCAACCAAAGCCUGCACUUUGGCACAUUCAAGAAAUCCAGGGGAGAUGUCAAUACAUAUACUAUGUUUCAAUGCAGAAACUAUCUCUCCAAAAAUGACUGUCUUGCUUGCUUCAAUAAUGCCUCCAUCCAAAUCCGGGAUAUAUGCAAAAUUGCCAACGGCGCCAGAGUCAUCUACAAUGACUGCUUCCUAAGGUAUGAGAGCGAGAGGUUCUACCAACAGACCAAUGAACUUGGCGGUGGGGUAACAUGUGGGAACAUCAGUUCAAAUGCCACUAAUUUAAAAGUAGUUGGACAACAAGUGCUAAAUGAUCUCCAACUAGCAACACCCAAAACUAAAGGUUUUUAUGCAGCUACUAAGACAAAGGUGGAUGGUGAUAGAGCAAUUUAUGCCAUUGCACAGUGUGUUGAAUCUGCCACACAGACUAAAUGUCUGGAUUGCAUGCAAGUCGGAUUCAAUAACUUACAAAGUUGCCUUCCCAACACAGAUGGUACAGCAUAUGAUGCUGGCUGUUUCAUGAGAUACUCCAUGACACCCUUGUUUGCUGAUAAUCAAACCAUUGACAUCAGACCCUAUUUAAAAGAAGGAGGUUCAAGCAAGAAGUGGGCUAUAAUAGGUGGAGUUGUUGGAGGUGUUGUUCUCCUCCUAUUGUUGUUUGCCCUACAAUGGUCUAGAAAAACAAAGAAAGUUCACAGGGGUGACAUAUUGGGAGCAACUGAGUUGAAAGGUCCAGUUAACUACAAGUUUAAAGAUUUGAAAGUUGCAACAAAAAAUUUCAGUGCUGAAAAUAAACUUGGAGAAGGAGGUUUUGGCGCUGUAUAUAAGGGUACUUUGAAGAAUGGAAAAAUUGUUGCCAUCAAGAAACUAGUGUUGGGGAAAUCAAGCAAGAUGGAGGAUGAUUUUGAAAGUGAAGUGAAACUUAUAAGUAAUGUUCAUCAUCGGAAUCUCGUUAGACUUCUUGGUUGUUGUACCAAAGGCCAAGAGAGAAUCCUGGUUUACGAAUACAUGGCAAAUAGUAGUCUUGACAAAUUCUUGUUUGGUGACAAAGGUGUCCUCAAUUGGAAACAACGGUAUGAUAUAAUUUUAGGCACAGCAAGAGGACUAGCAUAUCUACAUGAGGAAUUUCAUGUGUCCAUUAUACAUAGAGAUAUAAAGACUGCUAAUAUCCUCUUAGAUGAUGAUCUUCAGCCCAAAAUUGCUGAUUUUGGGUUGGCUAGGCUUCUUCCACGGGAUCGUUCCCAUCUUAGUACAAAAUUUGCAGGAACAUUGGGAUACACAGCACCUGAGUAUGCAAUGCAAGGUCAAUUAUCAGAGAAGGCUGAUACCUACAGCUAUGGAAUUGUAGUCCUAGAAAUCAUAAGUGGUCAAAAGAGUACUGAUGUGAAGAUUGAUGAGGAGGGUCGUGAGUACCUUCUUCAACGAGCAUGGAAACUGUAUGAGAGAGGCAUGCAGUUAUCACUUGUCGACAAGGAAAUAGACCCUAAUGAAUAUGAUGCAGAAGAAAUGAAAAAAAUCAUAGAAAUUGCAUUAUUAUGCACUCAAGCAACAGCUGCAACGAGGCCAACAAUGUCUGAAUUAAUAGUGCUGCUCAAAAGCAAGAGCUUAGUGGAGCACCUGCGACCAACUAUGCCUGUGUUUGUUGAAACGAAUAUGAUGAAUCGGGAAGGCAUGUCUGCUGGUGGUUCAUCUAAUGCUACUGCCUCCAUUUCUGUUUUAUCAGCUCGAUGAUUAUGGGAUAGCAAAGGGUCUUGAAUUCUUCAUCACUUCAUCCAAUAAGUGAACAGAAUAAAGUUUUCAAUAUGCACUUGCACAGAACAAUAAGAGUAAAAUGAAUUAUGUUUUUCUCGCUAAUUAAAAUUAAUUUAUAUAUAAGUUAAUUGACUUAUAUAUAAAUUAAUUUUGAUUUUUGAAAAAACUUAAUACAUUUUAUUUUUUAUAAGCAUUUAUUGGAAAAUUGAUUCAAAUAGGACUUAUAUAUAGAUUGCUUUUCACUUCAGUUGUUUAUCAAUGAUACCGUCCAUGUGUGAUGCUAUAAAUAUUCUCUAGUUUCCUUGGUUCAUUCUGUAAAAAAAAAAAAAACAAGUUUCCUCGGUUUAAUAUCUCCCAAGUGUUUUAGUUUAAUUUGAUUCCUCUAUAUAUUA